AUGUCCUCCUCCCCCUCUUCCAAACGUACCAAACUCUCCCCCUCGCUCCCCUUCACCCCGACGCUCCUCUCCCCCUCCUCGAUCGCCUCCCUGCGCUCCCAAGUCGAAGCUUCGCAACCAUACAAGCACGCGGUCAUCCCUCAACUGUUCGAGCAUGACUUUUUGGAAAAGGCGAGGAAGGAGUUGUGUGAGAGUGUGAGCUUUACGGAAAAGGAGACGGAUAUUUGUGAGUGGUUCGAGUAGAAUCGGGAUCGGUUGGAUGUAGCUGAUGAUCACCUUGCUCGUGUGUCCAGAUCGAGUGAGUUGCCAAGUUCACCGCGGUCGUCGGGCGGAUGAAGGGGACACUGUGUCAAUGUGGUGUCGGAUCUUGAAUUCGGCCGAACCCUCGAACUGGAACAUGGCGACGUUCUACAUGGCACCGACCUGGUUCGGCGCCCGACCCCACAAGCGGAGCCCCUGAACUGACACCGUCUGAAUCCCCACCUGCAGAUCUCGCAAACUGGCGACCUCACGAACCUCUCCGGACUGCCCGCCGCCGAACAAGCUCAACUUGGCACGCUCACCGAGCUCCGCGACGCGUUGUACUCUUCCGAAUUCCGUUCCUUCCUCCAAAAAGUCACCGGUUGUGGACCGCUUAGUGGGAUCAAGACGGACAUGAGCUGCGCCGAGUACGGGGAGGGGAGUUAUUUGUUGAAUCAUGAUGAUGUGAUUGGGACGAGGAGGAUAAGUUUCAUCCUGUAUUUGGUCAAGAGGGAGCCGGAGUGGAGGGCCGAGGCGAGUUGUGGAAGGAUUUGGGGUUCUAGAUUCGGGAAAAGCGAGAAAGUUGACCUUCAUCCUUUCCGACUCGUAGUGGGGUGGCGCGUUGGAACUGUACCCCGUUGUACCUUCGGAAGGCGAUCGACCCAACAUACCCGAACCGAAACCCUCCGUUUCAAUACCCGUAAGGACCCUUCAAGUAUCAACCACUCUCACAUCCCCGAACUGACUCUCGUACCCGGUCAACCUCCACAGCCCGCUUUCAAUCAAUUCACCUUCUUCAAAGUCCAACCCGGUCACUCCUUCCACAGCGUCGAAGAAGUCGUCAUUGAAGGUCAACAUGGACCUUCAUCACGAGGAGGGAUCGGUUCUCGUCUCAGUCUUUCGGGGUGGUUUCACAAACCCGUCGAAGGGGAGGAAGGGUACGAGCAGGAAUUGAAAGAGGAGCAAGUGGAAGGUGCGAAGGGGAAGAGCAGUUUGCAGCAGUUGUACAAGGCGACGUUGAAGGAGGCCACCGCGUACGAGGGUCACGUCGAAGGCGUUUUGUUGGAGGGGGAAGUGGAGGUCUUUCCUUCAGACGAAGAUCGAAGAGUGUUAGGGGAGGUGCUUAACCCUUCUUAUUUGGUCCCGAAGACGAUCGCGUUCCUCCAAUCUUCGUUUGCCGAACAAGGUCAUCUAGCCCUAUCGUCAUUCCUAUCCAAAGAACUCUCGGCACAAAUAGAGACUCUUCUUCGCCAGAUCGACGCAGGGAUGAACAAAGGCCGCAAAGGGGCGAUCGUCGGUGGGCAAGUGGUGAAUCUCAUACCAAGGCACGAGGAGGGGGUUGGGAAGGGAUGGGCAUUGGUCGGGCCACCUCAUUUACAAAGGUUCUUGGCCUGGGGCGCUGAGCUGGAAGACGACGACGACGACGAGUUGGCCGUUUUGCUGAAAAAGGUCAAAUCGACCUUUGAAUCAGCAUCUUUCGCACGCCUCCUCGCGACGCUCACUGGCGUCACUCUCAAAGCCUAUACAUUGGACCUCCGUCGUUUCCGCCCCGGCCUCGAUUACACCCUUGCCCGAGGGGUCGAAGAUGGCCACAUCUUGGACGUGGGGUUGGGUUUGACGCCUGAGCCGGAAGUGGGGCGGGAGAGGGAGUUGUGGGAAGAGGGGGAUGUAGGAGGGUGGGAGGUAUGGUUGGAUGGCGGAGAGGGGGAGGAAGGGGAUGAAGCUACUUAUGGUGGGGGGAGAAAGAAGAAGAGCGCCGAGGAACAGGGUGAGACUGGAGCAGACGGUGAAGAAGAGGAAGAUGGUGAAGAGGAUGGUCCAUUGUUGAGUUUGGAACCGAGUUGGAAUCGGUUGUCGAUCGUGUUGAGGGAUCCGGGGGUGCUCAAAUUCGUCAAGUACGUUUCGGCCAAAGCCCCCGGUUCGAGGUUCGAUCUUAGUGGGGAGUGGGACUUUGAGGUGGCCCAAGACGAGGAUGAGGAGAAAGAUGACGACUAG